AUGGCACCAGGCGCUGUCUACAAGCGCAACGGCGGAGGAGCAGGAUGGAACACGAUGAAGAAUGUCCCAGUCCCGACCGAGUGAGUGCAUCUCCUACGACAUCCUAACUGCUUUAUUGGUGGGACUUUUCCUGACAAGCUUCACAGGAUCAAGUGCAAUAGCUGCAAGAAGGUGAAGAACAAGGACGCGUUUUCCAACAAGCGGCAGAACGACUUGGUCGACAAGAUGCGAAGUAGCGCGACCAAAAAGGAGUCUUUCGACCCCACCCUUGUCGAGUACAUCGCUUGCAUCGGCUGCACUGGCCAGCAAGCGUACGAGCGUGAAUGCUCCGUCUGCGACGUGACAAAGGCCAUCACGGCAUUCAACAAGACUCAGCGCAAGAAGGACGAUGCGGUUUGUGUCACCUCACCGUGGUCGUGCUGAGUCAAGCUAACAAUGCUGCAGGUCUGUGAGAAGUGCAUGCAGAAGCGCCUCAACUACGAACCAGACGCUGAUGACAGUGACGCCGGGGACGACAGUGAAGAUUCCUCAGAUGCUUCAGACGACGAGCCUUACCUUAUCGACACCGUAAGACCGUGAUGCUCUACACUUUCCGCUCAACUGUGCUAACCGAUGUUUAGGACAUCGAGAGUGGCUCCACGGCCUUCAACCCCACGGCAAGCGGCGCGGGCACCUAUCUCAAGAGUACGAGCGGCAGCACCGGCGGCGUUCGCCUCAGCACUGCUCCAAGCGAGUCUUACAACACCGUUUCGACCUCUACCGCUGGCCCGUCCACCACGGUCUCGGUUGCGAGCACCGCGCGUCGCGCCACGGCCACCGUCACGAACGUCCCUGGGUCUAAGCGGUGGGCGAAGGCACCGAAAGCAGUAAGUCAACCACUCGAUGCAAGUCAAAGAUUGACACAACACUGAUGCAGCCCGCAGCCAGUCCGGAAGCCCAGCAAACCCAGCAAGCCCGAGCAGGACAUUGACGAAUGCGAGAUCGCCGACUCUGACUCGGACUCGGACUGA